CAUGCUCAGUGACAAGUCUGUCCCGGCAGGAAGAUGGUGUCGUUGCGGUUCAAGAUGCAGCAGUCGUUUGUGUUUUCAGUUUUAUUCCUGAAUGCUUUAUACAUCUGCGUCUCCUCUUUGUACUUUCACAUCGGAGAGACCGAGAAGAAAUGUUUCAUAGAGGAAAUUCCAGACGAGACGAUGAUUAUCGGUAACUAUCGAACGCAGCUGUUCGAUAAACAGCGAGAGGAGUACCUGCCGGCCACACCGGGUCUGGGAAUGCUCGUGGAAGUCAAAGAUCCAGAUGACAAGGUGAUUCUGUCUCGGCAGUACGGCUCUGAGGGACGCUUCACCUUCACAUCACACACACCUGGAGAACACCAGAUCUGCUUGCACUCCAACUCCUCCAAGUUCUCCCUGUUUGCUGGAGGCAUGCUGAGGGUUCAUCUGGACAUCCAGGUGGGCGAACACGCCAACAACUAUGCUGAGAUUGCUGCCAAAGACAAGCUGACAGAGCUGCAGCUGAGAGUCCGACAGCUGGUGGAGCAGGUGGACCAGAUCCAGAAGGAGCAGAACUACCAGCGGUACCGCGAGGAGCGUUUUCGGCAGACGAGCGAGAGCACCAACCAGCGUGUCCUCUGGUGGUCCAUCGUACAGACCCUUAUCCUAGUGGCCAUAGGCAUAUGGCAGAUGAGACACCUGAAGAGCUUCUUUGAGGCUAAGAAGCUGGUGUAACUGCUGGAGAAGUGUGUGUGUGUGUGUGUGUGUGCGUGCGUGUGUUAGUUCUCUACUGAUGGAUGCUGUACUGAGCAGCUCCUGUCCAAGGAGACGAGAUACAGAAACAUCCAGCUGCCGAUCAGACUUGAAAACAUCAUUAUUGUUGUUGUUGUUGUUGUUGUUUGUGAAAAGCCCCGCACAUCUGCAGCAACACAUUUCACCGACACGCAGGAAACAUUUUCAGGUCUGGACUGAUGUUUGAGCCCAGCAGCCAUGCAGUAAUUUAUUUUUCUUUUCUCAGUCAGUUUGUGUUACUGAUCAUUAGAGAGAUGGACAAGCAGGAGUCCGUUUACACGAGGCGUUCGAUCCUUUGUAGAAGAAUGAAAGACAUUUGGUUUAUUUGUAACAUGAUUUGUAACAUUUUCACCAUUUACUGAAAUUCUGCUGAAAUUAAAACUAAAUCUGGCUGAAAUGUAAUCUGAUUACUGAUGGUUACUCUCAAAACUUAACAUUUUUAACUAAUUUUCCAGUAUUGAACUUGAAUCAGCAUAUCAAAAUUAUUCAUUAAAUAAAAUAAUGCUAAAUAGGUUUUGGCUUACAAAUAAGCAGAUUACCAUAUUGUGUUGGUUUUAUUGAUUAGCUCAGGUGGAGCUCGAUUAGUUAAAAAUGUUUAAUUUUACUUUAAAUGUUAAGUUAUCAGACUUUGUUUAGCUUGAAGGUUCAGUUUGGGGGCUUUUAGCUUCGUAGGGCACAAAAUGUAAUUUACUGGUAUAGAGAAAAGUAAAUAAAGCUUUUAUGUUACAAAAAAUGGAGCUUUUCAGAUUUACAACUAAAUUGAUGAAGAAUUAGAAGAUUUUAGGUGUAAAUCUGCAAGGCAGUUUGUGUUUAAGGACAGACCACUUUUGUGAAUGCUCUGAUCUUUGUGUAACUGAGUCACCCAAGUUAAACGUGGAAACCUAAACUUCACACAGGCGAGUUUGAAACGAUGUAGAAAGGAACGUUUUCUUUAAAGCAGACCAUCCAUUUUUAUUUGAGUCUAAAAUUUUCAGUAAUUUUGGAAUUUUUCUGUACGUCUGCCAUAAGUUUCACUUCAGCUGCACAAGUAUAACAAGCUGAACACCCGCAUUUCCAAAUAUUGGAUUUCUCAAUCAAAAUUUUGGAAAUACUCACGGAUUAUUGGGUUUCACUGUGCGAAAAGUAUCUUCUGAUUGUGUUUUUGUUGGUAGGUUCUUGGGUUUGGGGUUUGGAUUUAAAUCUGUCUUUUCUGGGCUGAGGCUUCAAGUCUUAUGUGGUGAGUGCGUGUGAGAUUAAAUUCUAAAUUUGCACUCUGGAUAAAGUUGUCACAUUUGGUGUGAAGGACAUUGUGGCUGAUUAAGACUUUUAUUCUUGUAAAGUUCACAUCAAAAGCUCACAGUCGCUGUUUAGAGUUUUUGUAUACUGUAAAACUAUAUUGUAUUUUCAGGGGGAGGUUUUUGACUAAGAAAUUAAAAAAUGUGAUGCAAAAUGUAAUAAAACCAAAAAACUAA